AUUUUAACCCUUAAAUCGUGGUAUACUAAAUCGGACGCGAAAUAAAAAUUACAUUAUCUACCGCGCAAAAGAAUUUUUCACUUGUGAUAUAUUUACAGUCAUGACUGACAAAUUGCAGCUAUAAUAGCGUUUCAGUCAUCACUGACAAUCAGCUAUGAUGGAUUUAUGGUCAGCAAUGACUCAGAAAAAGACAUGAGAGUGAGCAGUAUAGAUAUAUAGUGAAUCAAUUCCGAAUACCCAUGUGUUAAAGAGAGAUGCAAACUCACACAGCUGACCGUCACUGUUUUUGUAGGGGUGUUAUGGCACAAAUAACACAGAUGGCGCUACAUGCUGUAUAAUCAGCCCACGUGCGUCAGUACACUUGUUAUUUACUGUCAAAUGUUUUGUUUUUAUCAGCAGUUGUUAAAAUAAUUCGAAGUAAAUAUUCGCUAUAUUUCUAAUGAGUUAUGGAGUUAACUAAUUCAUUUCAAAAUGAGAACAGUUCCGCCGAUAAAGAAGAAACAAAUAGAAAACGUCGAAAUCCAUUCAAUACACAAAUACGUAAAGAAGAUAAGGAACGCCGACAGAAGAAGAAAGCUCGAGUCAUUGCAAGAAAUAUAAGUUAUAAAGUAAAAGAAGAUGCCUUGUUUAAAUAUUUUAGUCAGUGGGGUAAUGUUGAGGAACUUAAUCUUCUAAAGCGCUCGGAUGGGAAGUUAGUAGGUUGUGCAUUUGUACAGUACAGUGGCGUAAACCAAGCUUCCAAAGCUAUUUUAAAAGGCAAUAAUACGAAAUUCCUUGGACGACCCCUGUAUAUCGAUUGGGCUUUGGGUAAAAAUGAAUAUACUAAUAAAAAGAAUGUUCAAAAUUUUGGAGAUCCAGAAGAAAAGAAACCUAAAAUAGAACGAAAGGAAGAAAAUGAAGAAAAAUCACUAGUCUCUUCUAAUGAGUCCGAAAAUGCUGAAGAAAACAAGCUGGUUGAUGACGUACAGGAAAGUGACAACGAGGAUGAUGAGCACAGAACAGCAGACGAUAAUUCGGAUUCGGAUGGAAAGUCAAAAUCAAAAUUGAAAAUUAAACAGGUGGACAAAGAAAAGCACAUAUCGAAUGAUGUGCAAAAUGGUUGUACGAUAUUCGUAAAAAAUGUUGACUUCGAUGCAGAGGAUUCUGAAGUACGUAAAGUAUUUCGCAAAUUCGGUCCUCUUUAUUAUGCAAUUAUUAACCGAGAAACGAUAUCGGGUCACUCAAAGGGUACAGCCUUUGUUAAGUUUAAGAAUAAAGAAUCCGCUGAUCUUUGUUUACAAUCCGGUGGUGAACUCUAUCUGAUGCACCAACUCCUUGAAAUAUAUCCAGCGUUAAGCAAGAAUGAAAUUCAAAACCAAGAAAAAUCUAAAUCAAAUAAAGAAGUCGCAAAGGACUCGCGUAACUUAUAUUUAGCCAGAGAAGGACUAAUUAUGGCUAAUAGCAAGUCUGCUGAAGGAGUAUCUGCAUCCGACAUGACUAAGCGACACAAACUGGAGCAAAUAAAAACUCAAGUGUUAAAAAAUCUUAACCGAUUUGUUUCAAGAAAUCGCCUUUCUAUUCACAAUUUGCCUCUUAAUUUUGAUAACGAAAAACUCAAGAAAAUGAUUAUGACUUGUACGGGAUUCAGACCGCAUGAAUGCAGAGUAAUGCGAGAAAAUAAAAUUACACCGGAACAUGCAAAAGGGAAAUCAAAGGGCUUUGGAUUUAUGUCUUUCAGCACUCAUCAAGAAGCAUUAGCAGCAUUGAGAAAGCUUAACAACAAUCCAUCAAUAUUUGGAACUCAACAUCGCCCGAUUGUAGCUUUCAGUAUUGAAGAUAGAACAGUAGAAAAAAUAAAGGAGAAACGCAAAGAAAAAUCCAAACUUAACAAUCCAACUUUCAAAGAAAAAUUAGAAAAACAAAAAGAAAUGCGAAACCUGAAAAGACAAGGAAAAAUAAAUCAAAAUAUCAAAGAACCUCAGACUGACGAUAAGGCGAAACUAAAGAAACAUAUAAAAAAACUAGAAGACUCGCGUUCUACACCUCAAAUUAAUGUGAAAGAUAAUGAAAUAGAUGCGUUCAACGAUUUCGUUGGUACAGCAGCAAAGCCUGGUUCUAACAUUCGUUUACGAUCAAUUAAAAAAAUUGCUGAACAGGCACAGGAUCAUCGAAAAAAUCUAAUAACAAAUAAACGUAAAGAGAAAGCAAAAAAAAUUCGCCAAAUUCAUUUGGCUGAGCGAAACGAGGUUCAAAAACCAAAACAAGGAAAAAAAGAAGAGCACGACGAUUUAGAAUAUCUGGUGAAAAAAUAUAAACGAAUGAUAGACAGUCAAGCUAAUGUGGGAAGUAUCAGAGAAUAUCAAGAGAAAACUCAACAAGACGUACCAAAAAGGACGAAAUGGUAUUCAGAAUAGUAUGUAGGCGUUGAGCGGUGUAAUAUGUAUGUAUGUUUAUAUAUGUACAAAAAUAUAUCCUUACUUUGUUAAAUAAAAUUAAAUUUUUUAUAACACUUGUUUUUCGACCUUGAAACUUUAGGAGCACGACUAUAAAAGGGUCAUAUUUUAAGACAGGUAUGCACGUAAGUAUAACUACCUGCUUCUUUUAUUUAAAAGCUACAGUUCACAGAGAUUUAGAGCCAUUCUCACAAGCACAUUAUAGACCGACAAUCUUAAAAAUUCUUUGCUCAACAUUUAAUAUUGCAAAAAAUGGCACCUAGAGUAUACUAUAAAUUUGUUGUACUCCGUAUGUCAUAUGAAUCUCAUAUAUAAGUCAAUCAAAGGUAAUUCAACACAUAAUAGUUAAAAUUAUAUCAUUUCAUUACCAGUACAGUCACCCGAAUCAACCACGUAUCAGUUACACAAAUAAAAAGCAUUCACCUAGUGCCUCGCUAAUAGGAGCACGAGAUUGGUUUGAUCUUAUGAUGGCUCGAGAAAGGUUGAAAUUACCACAAGGUUCAAAACUUCGAUAUACAGAGUGGCGGAUUUUUACAGGUGAUCCAAAAUUGUUUUACGUUGAUGGAUUCCGCUACGAUAAAAUACUUGCGUUCAUGGGAGAGGAGUCAAACUAUUGGAUGUUCUAUGAAAAUGUACAACGUACUCGACGCAUUGAAGGCAGUGGCCGACUGCCAUUGACAUAUUGUUCAUGCUGUUUAUUUAGCCAAUAUAUGGCGGUGUUAGAUACAAUAAAGAAUUGUUUAUCUAGAAAACGAUAAAAUAUAAUUAAAGUAGUUAUAGAGUAAUAAAAGGAAUUGUGACUGUUAA